AUGGAUAUCAUUCCAAAAGGUGCAAGAGCUCCUAUCAUUCAUCACUACGAGGGCGACUUUACGGGAAAUUUCCUUGCCAUUCGUGCGGCGUUUCUAUACCAACUCAGCUGUGGUAGUACUCAUAUCACGUCGGUUGAUCCCUCUAGCAAGCUAGUAAUUAAUGUCCGCUACUUGGAGCAUCAGCUCAAUCUUGAAGUCCCUGCACGUUUCUUGAUUAUGCUGAAAAGACAGCGCGCACUGGGCCUCUCAGCAAGUACCUGGAGCCCAACGGUGGACGCGGCUAUGGAGCACCGGACGACCUGA